CACCGAGGAGGUGGAGCUGGCCUCUGUGGUCUUGGGGGUUCUGAAGUUUCCCCAAACCCACACUGCAGCUCACUUGGCUGAGGCCAAAAAUCUUCUCAUGGAAGAAUGGGGAAUUAAAGGGAAGGUGACAGGCCUGGUUACAGACUGUGCUCCCAACAUGGUUGCAUGUGCUAAUAUAUUACUGCUUCGGCACAUAAUGUGUUUUGCACAUAUGCUUAAUUUGGUGGUGAAAAAGUCCCUUGCCCAAACCCCUGAACUAGAGGAUAUCCGAAGUAAGGGGCGUAGGAUUGUCGGUCUUUUUAAAUCCAGCACCACAGCGAAGGAGAAGCUGUCAGAGAUGCAGCGACAGCUGGCCAGGCCAGAGCACAAAUUAAUACAAGAGGUGGAAACAAGAUGGAACAGCACAUUUAAUAUGUUGGAAAGGUUGUUUAAGGAGAGAGAGCCACUGGGGGCAGCUCUGGCCACCCUCCAUACAGACCUUCCUCCACUCACCUCAGAGGACUACCAGGCCAUACACCACUGCUUGAGCAUUCUUUCACCGUUUCAAGAGGCCACAGUUGAGCUUUCGACAGAAAAACGAGUGUCAGCAUCCAAAGUCAUUCCCAUGGUCAAAAUGCUGAAACAUUACAUCUCAAGCAGGUGUGGUCAGAUCACACACCCACUUGGUGAAAAACUGGCCACUAACUUGAAGAACAAUCUCCAUGAGAGGUUUUCAGCUCUGGAGAAGGUCACUGCUCUGUCAAUGGCAACCUUGUUGGACCCAAGGUUUAAAGAGCUGGGGUUCUGCAGCCAAGGCUCUGCCCACACGGCCAUAGAGCGACUCACUAAAGAGUGUGCUGCAACAAUGCAGGCGCUACUUCCAGAGGCACAGCCACAGUCGCCACCUAGAGAAAGUCCUUCAAGUCAGCAGGAAGAUGGUGGUCUCUGGGCCCUGCUGGACAGCCAUGUGGGGGUUCAACAGCAGGUGACCAGCACAACUGCCAGUGCAACAGUGGAGGUUCAGAGGUACUUAAAGGAACCUCACAUCCCAAGGACUCAGGACCCACUGAGAUACUGGGUUACCCACAAGGUUUUAUACCCACAUCUCUACAAGCUGGCAAUGAAGUUUUUAUGCACACCAGCUUCAUCUGUGCCUUGUGAGAGGAUCUUCUCCAAGGCUGGCGAAAUCGUCAGCCAAAGACGAAACAGGCUGAAGCCCAGCACAGUGGAGAAAAUUCUGUUUUUAAAUAAAAAUCUAUAACAUGUA